CCCUGCGGGUUUGGUGUCAUCAGGCACUGGUACCAGCCCUCCCAUCUCUUCUUGGCAUACUGGUGAAACUGGACACCUCUGAUAGCCAGCGUCAUCCGCUGCAAACCUUUAGCUGGCUGUCCAGGGACACCCCAGCUCGGAAAUGGUUGCCCUGUGGGGAAGCUGGUCAUGCAGAAGAGAUGUUGGGUUAAGUAACUGAUCCCGCACAUUCUGAAGGGCUGAAUGUCAGUCCUUGCCUCAGCACACAGGACACUGGACACAGCUCUCAGCUAAAGCCCAUCCUCUAUCCCCUCACACCGUGCGUAGUGAACUCUGCCAGGGCUCAUCGGUCACAUAGACAAAGACUGGAGAUUGCUAAACUGCUAAGAAUGUCUUAGUUCCCAAGCGUGAACUUCCUCCUUCAGGCUCUGAAAUACAGAAUUAGAUGAGGCAGCCUCUGAUUUUUUCAUCUCUUGAUAACAAGACAAGAAAAGACUUCUAUUUUCAUCCAUGUUCCUCUUCAAACUGGGCUCUGGAGAUAGUGUUUCUGAACGGCUGGAAUGGAGACCAGUCGUUUACAGAAAGUGCACAGACACUCUCUGGCUGCUCCUCUUCUGUCUUUUCUGGGCUGGUUUGAUGUUUAUAAGUGGCUAUUCUGUGGUGGCUGGUGCUGCAGAAAGACUUGUGCUUGGAUAUGACAGCUUUGGGAACAUAUGUGGUCGGAAGAACACUCCUGUAGAAGGGGCAAAUCUUUCUGGAUUGGACAUGACUAGUAAAAAGUAUGUGUUCUUUCUGAAUUCAUGCAGCCUGGAAAUACAAAGCCUCAAAAGCAGUUCACUUUCCUUGUGUGUGUCAAGUUGUCCACAACAGCAACUCAAUUCUUUGGAAGAUCUCCAGAAUUUUGCAAGGAAUAAUGGUUCUUUACUUUGCAUUUACAACCUGAAUGUUUCCAGUUACACCCUAAAUGCAAAGGCAGCUCAGCUGUGUCCCACACUGCCAGUUCCACCAAGUAAGUCCUUUCCAUUAUUUAAUCGAUGUGUUCCACAAAAUCCCGAAUGCUAUUCCAAAUAUGCAUCUGUCCUAAUAAAUAUGGUCAAUGAAAUGGAUGUUUUUCACCGAAUUCUGAGUGGAAUAUUGGCAGGAAGAGAUACUGUGAUAGGACUGAGUGUCCUUGCACUAGCCUUCUCUUUGAUGCUGGUUAUAGCCUUCAGAUACAUUCAGACCCUCCUCAUUCAUACUCUGAUUGCACUGGUUGUAUUUGGGUUGUUGUUUGUCUCAGGUGUUCUCUGGUGGCUCCAUUAUGACUACAGGAAUGACCCCAGCACUGAACUGGAAACAGAAAAGGAAAAUGUAAAGUUCCUACUUGGAUAUGCCAUCUUCUCAACAAUAGUUACUGUUGUUCUGCUCUCCCUUAUAUUUGUACUAAGAAAGAGGCUUCAGUUCACUGUACAGCUCUUUCGAAUUGUUGGUAAAAUCAUUGGCAGAAUUCCUUUCCUCCUCUUCCAACCACUCUGGACCUUUCUGGUUCUUAUUGUGUUCUGGGUAUUUUGGGUUGCUGUACUGCUCAGUUUAGGAACUGCAGGUACUGCACACUCCACUUCGGGAGGACAAGUAGAAUACAGAGCUCUGUCUGGAAUUUGCUACAUGGCAUGGUAUCAUUUCGUUGGCCUUAUCUGGACUAGUGAAUUCAUUCUUGCCUGUCAGCAAAUGGUGAUUGCUGGGGCAGUGGUUACUUGUUAUUUCAACAGAAAUAAAAAUAACCCACCACCUCACCCAGUCCUGUCUUCCAUAUCAGUUCUUUUCUGCUACCAUCUAGGAACUGCUGUAAAAGGUUCAUUUAUAAUCACAAUACUGAGAAUACCAAGGAUUGUUCUCUCGUACCUUUACAAUAUCCUAAACCACAAGGAGAAUGCAAAGCACCUGUUCAACUGCUGUUUCUGCUGGGUUUGCUUUCAGAAAAGUUGCUUAAGAUGCUUUAACCAGCAUGCAUACACAAGUACAGCCAUAAAUGGGACAAAUUUUUGUACAUCAGCAAAGGAUGCUGUCUGUAUCUUGGCAAGGAAUUCUGCUAAACUUGCAUCCAUUAGCUUUUUUGGAGAUUUUCUCCUAUUUUUAGGAAAGGUGUUUGUUGUAUGCUUUACAGUUUUUGGAGGAUUGAUGGCAUUUAACUACCACCGGGACUUGCAUGCUUGGGUAGUUCCUCUGUUGCUCGUUGGAUUUUUGGCCUACCUGAUGUCCCACAGCUUUCUGUCUGUGUUUGAAGUGACAGCAGAUGCCUUGUUCCUUUGCUUUGCUAUUGAUAUGGAAACUAAUGAUGGAACUGCAGAGAAGCCAUACUUUGUGGAUCAGGAGCUGCUGACCUUUGUGAGUCAGAGUAACAAGUUAACAGAAGGGCGAAAACACAGAAGCACAAGACCAUUCCAGGAUAAUGAAGAUGGGACAGAGCUCCAGCCUAUGACUUGAACGUCAAGUACACCAGGAAGUGUGGAAGGAAGUGUGGAAGCACAGCAGCAAUAGCAAAAAUGGUCAUAUCAGUAAAAGUUACCAACUCCCCAGGACACAGUAUUAGUUCUCUAAAUCUGUUGUAUCUUCUGCACUGGUAAAAUGACACACAAUCUGUUUGUACAAAUAAAAUAUUUUGUGUGUCAUCACAUCUGAUUUUCAUUACUACACUUGUUAUGACAGUCUGAAAGUUGAUAAUAAACUCACUCUUUGUAAAUUUUCAAUGUUGUCAGACUAAAUUAGUAAGUCAAAAAGGUCAUAGAGCUAACAUGAUUUUUUCAGGCUUCUCUGGGAAUUCUGUGCCAAUCAUCCCUACAACAGUAAAUGCAGAAACAUUUGUAGAGGAGGCGCUCUGAGAUGACUUGUCCCGAUUUAUUCUGCAUAUCUGAACAGCCAAUUAAGGAACAGACUGAGCUCACUGAUGGAAAUUACCCUUGAUAGAAAUUUCUGUAGUCAAGAUAAUUAGCAGUUAUGAGGUAGGUGUCUUUCUUUUAAUUUUACUCUUUUGGGAAUGGUUUUUACAAGUUCAUAUCUUAAACUGUCCAGCUCCUCUCCAAAGGCAGAUAAGGAAUAGUCCUUCCUUCCUUCUUUCUGCAAUUUGAAAGAUGAAGCAGAAAAAUUUGCAUCUGGAUUUAGAGCUUGACAAUGUAGCAGAUGACAGAGAUAAAAUAACUGGACCGACAUGAGAUAAAAAUGUUGUAAAUAAUACCUUACAGAAAUAUUAACUGCAACAUGGAUGUGGAAUAUCAUGGAGGAAAUGGAGUGACUGUCAGGGCUCUAAUCAGAAGAGGAACGUAAAUGUAGACACCUUUUAAAAAAUUAACUUGGUGACAGUCUGCCAGUACUUUCUUGUGUGCAAUUUUAAAGCUUGUUUAAACUUUGUACUUGAAUCCUGACUGUAAUACACUUUGUGGGCUCCA